UUAAAGAGGAAGAAAGUCUAGGCAUCAGCCAGAAAUAUGGUGCAAAGAUGACCAUCGAAGCAUCCUUACGUCUCUUCCUCGGGGCUAGUUCUUUGCUAUUUCUUCUCGGCUCGGUUCGAGGAUCCAAUGGCUCUCUUCCUCUGAUUCUGUGGCAUGGAAUGGGGGACAACUGUUGUAACCCAUUGAGUAUGGGUGCAAUAAAGAAGAUGAUCGAGGAAGAAGUGUCAGGAAUCUAUGUCUUGUCGCUCAUGGUUGGCAAAUCUCCCAUUCAGGACACAGAGAACGGGUUCUUCAUGGAUGUGAAUGAGCAGGUCUCCUUUGUGUGUCAUCAGCUGUCACAGGACCCGAAACUGAAGGGCGGUUACAAUGCAAUGGGUUUUUCUCAAGGAGGCCAGUUCCUACGCGCCGUGGCCCAGCGGUGUCCAAAUCCUCCAAUGAAGAACCUGAUCUCAAUAGGUGGACAACAUCAAGGAGUGUAUGGUCUCCCGCGCUGCCCAGGUGAGAGUUCUCAUAUCUGUGACUGGAUACGUAAGAAACUGAACACUGAAGCCUACUCGGAUUUUGUGCAGAAACACCUCGUGCAGGCGCAAUAUUGGCAUGACCCCCUUAAUGAUGACUUGUACAAGAAACACAGCCUCUUCCUUGCUGAUAUCAACCAAGAGAGGGGGGUGAAUGAGACCUAUAAGAAGAACCUCAUGUCACUUGAAAAGUUUGUCAUGGUCAAGUUUCUGCAGGACAGUGUGGUGGAUCCAGUAGUCUCAGAGUGGUUUGGAUAUCUGAAACCUGGUCAAGCUAAGGAAACGGAAACCCUACAGGAGAGCGCUUUGUAUAAAGAGGAUCGUCUGGGUUUGGCUGAAAUGGACAAGGCGGGGAAGCUUGUGUUCUUAGCCACCGAGGGAGAUCACCUGCAGUUCAGCAGGGAGUGGUUUAAUGCCAAAAUACUGCCAUACAUUCGCUGAGCACAGCUGCCUGCGGAAGAAGCGCUCAAAACAGCACUGCUCCGCCCAUAUGCCCUUCUUUGAUUGCACAUCCACAGACCCGCUGCACUGGGCUCAAGUGAUCCUCGGAACUUUGACAAGAUUCCAGUUCUUGGCAUCAUUUAAAAAAAAAAAAAAAACUGAUUGUGUUUCUGUGGGCAGAAACAAGUAACAGAAUUUAAUGCUUCGUGAUCUACCUUGUUUUAAAUGGGUUUUUUUUAGUUUCUCAUUGUGCUGAUCUUUUCUUAGUGAAAUAAAUAACACAUAAAAUCUUACUAACCUUAAGAUCACUUAAUUAAUUUUCUCAGGUGUUUGUUGUUCCAUGAGUUUGUUAGUACACGUGUUUUUUUAAUGUUCUGUGUAAACCCAAUCAUUGCUUGUUCUAGCUGGAUUUUAAAAUAAAACAAAAAU